UGUCACUAUAAGACGCAUAUCCGGUUAUGAUCAACAACAACGAUAGACUCGGAACGUAUCAUGUUUUCAUCUUUUUAGCUCAUUAUAUAUUGGAUUAUUCAAAAUGGAGACAGUCAGACGGAUUGCCAGCCAGUCCAAUGCUCACUGUAUGGAGAUGUUGUCGGAAGUACAGCCGUAUUUAGUGGAGGUUGCCUAUUUCUUCUUCUUUCUCUCCAGGCACAUGACUCUGCCAUUAUUUCAGGAAUAUGUCCAGUCUGAGUUUUACAAACAGAACAAUCUGAAAGCUACUGUGACAGAGCCGUGGGAAUUAUACACGGGGAAUGGUUCUAGCCUGUAUGACGUCGCUCACAGGGAGAGCACAUUAGCUAUUUUGAGUUUACAGAUUGCCGAAGGACUGCCGGCAGUAGUGACUGUGAUAAUCCUCGGAGCUGUCAGUGAUAGAACGUCUCGAAGAAAGAUUCUGCUAUGGAUGCCCUCGCUGGGAGGCAUUCUUCACUCGUUGAUAUACAUCUUUAUCCUGUACACGAGCUGGACUCUCGACGGAUUGUUCAUGGCCUCCGCCUUGAGAGGGCUUAGUGGCAGUAUGACAGCCUUUUUAGCUGGGAGUACAUUCUUUGCUAUUAAUACAACACAACGAGAAAAGCGCUCAUCCCGUCUCGCUAUACAGGAAUCUCUGAAUGGCAUUGCUUACGCAAUAGCAAAUAUAAUGGUUGGUUACUGGGUCCGAGCCAGCGGUUUCCAUCAGCCAUUUUGGUUCACAUUAAUUUGCAGCUGUAUUGCGUUCCUUAUCUCGUUCUUCCUUGUAAAGGAGGUGAAAGUAGAAACAAAUAGUUCUAAUAGAUAUGACACCGAAAACUGUUGUAUUGACACGUUCAAACCAAUGACAAGGUUUUUCAGAUGUAAGGAAAGAAAACUCCUAAUCAUGUGGCUAGCCAUUCUAGCCUUUCAGAGCUACGCUUGGGUUCAUCUUGGACAAAUCAAUACCCUGGUUCUGUAUUUCACUGGAUCUCCGUAUCACUGGCAGUCUCACAAAGUGGGAGUCUUCCUGUCCGUUGCCAUGGGCGUGGCGUCCAUUGGGGUGCUGUUUACACCCCCCGUGUUGAGGAACUGGUUUUCCGAUAUCCACAUUACAUUCGGGGGCCUGUUCUCCAAGGCUGUUGGAACUCUCUGGCUGGCUGUGGUUCAAAAUGAAGUCGUCAUAUAUUUUGCAAUUUUCCUCUUGGUUUUGGAGUUGAUUCCAUUCCCAAUGCUAAGAGCCGUAGUUUCAAACAGCAUCGAUACAGCUGAUCAAGGGUCCCUGUUUGCUCUGAUGCAUUGUGGGGAGGGAAUUACCUAUUUCCUGGCCCCGUUUAUGUUCCAGUCGCUGUACGCUGACAGUAUCGACUACUUCACGGGUUUCGUGUUCGUGUUGUCCGUCAUCCUGCUCGUCAUUCCCGUGGGAUUUGUCAUUGCAAUCAAGUUUCUAUCGACGGGUCAGCCUGGGGAGUAUGAGAGGAUGGAGGGGGAGACGGAAAUGACCACUGGAGAGGAAGUGCCCCUCCCAGCUAGUCAGGAGGACAAGGACAUCAGUGUCAUCGCGGUCUCAGCCAAUCAGAACGUGAUCAAUACAGAGGCGACCAAUGAAGACGCGGUAGAGCCAGUAGCUGUGUAACACUUGGAGGUGUUGAAAGAUUGUUGUUUAUUAUGAGGAAGUUAAGAUGCCAGCAUUAACAUAGGCCUACUGAAAUUAAAAUGGGCUCAAAAAUCUAUGAGGAUUUAAUAGAAUCUCCACCCCCACCACUCCUACAAUGGACUGGCUAUUUGCAGGCUACCUUUGUCGUUCAUGGUGAUGAUCUACAGUACUGUAGAAGGAUGGGAUAGUAAUUUGGUAUUCCAGGACAGAAUAGAACUCUGUCGAUAGCUUUUACUGUUGUUAUGGCAAUCUGUGAUUGCUUCAUGUGACCAAUAUUUAUGUAAAAAUCAGAGCUUUAUAUACCAGCUUUAUGAAUGAAAAUAAUUUCAAAACUUUUCUGAUAUUUUUUGGACUGCAACCCCUGCAUCUCUCCACUGGAAAAAGUGCUAUUUAUGAUUUUCUUCCGAUAUAAACUGUCUUGAUAUAUUUCACAUUAUUUAUUAGUUACCCGAUUUAGGAUUUAAUGAGACUUGUAUUUUAGUUUAUUUUUUUACAUAGAAUAUACAGUACUUUGAUUAAUGAUUCCUUUAUUAUCUGACUUACUGUGAAAUUUAACGAUCUGGUCAGGUAUUAUUAAAACGUAUUAUCUGCAAUAAUCAUACUGACAUUAGUGAUAGAAUUAUUUAAAGAGCAAAUCACUGCCCUUAGGUUCUCAACCAACGAGUAACCUGCAAUGGAGUUUACAAAUGUUGAUGCAGAGAAAGAUAUAAAAAAGAUCUGAAUGGAGUUUCAGGAUCACUUGUUGAUAUGUGAGAUGGCUUACAGUGCUUUGUAAGUCGAUAAGUUUUGUGAGAAGUUAUAAUUUAUUGUUUAUAUUGUUAUCAAGUACAACUUGAUAUAUUUGUUACGCGGAUCUUUCAUGUACAUAUGUUGUUGUGUUGUGGUUUUGUUUUUGUUUUUUCUGUUUUGUUUUUUUUUUAGAGAAAAGGUGUUAGCUUUCCAAUGUAAACUUUAAUUUAUUCAUAUUUAUUCCCUAUUUUAUACAGACAAUUUUUACCAUGCCUACAUUUUGUCCAAGCUGUGCUUUAUUGUUGAUUCCUCAAUUUUCCAUUUUUUAUUGCUCAGUCAGACUUGCCAGAGACUUUCUUGUCGGGUUAUCUCCCUUUAACUUCCAUUGUUUAUUUGACAUUCCAAAUAAUUUAGUAAUUUUUAUUAUACACAAAGUAGUGAUACUUCAUGUUUUCCAGUAUGUGCACAAGUGUCCUGUGAACAUACAUCACAUAUGAUGCUAAAUCUUUCAUGGUUUGGAAUAAUUCCACAGGUUUUGUGUUAGUCAGCUCUAUUUGUUUUUCGUAAGUUAUGUGUGGAUGUAUAUUUACACACGAAAAGUAAAACAUUCGUACCUGUAUUUUGUCUGUAUAACACUCAACAGGUAGCCAAGGCCAACCAAAGGGACAUAGGUUUUGAAUUUCAGAUAUCAAUAUAAAUACAAGUGAUGUUCAGAGCUGUGAAAUGACAAUAGAAUAUUUGGUGUUUGCUCAGUUUUUAAUGAAUUUUGUGAGCACCCGUAUCUCAUCAAUUUAAAUAUAACAAUGUACAAAAACUAUAUCCACGAAAUUACAUCCUAACCAGACUGGUACAUGUUGGCAAUCUGUCCCCGCCCAUUUUACAAAUUUAAAUGAUUCCAUGUGUUUCUAAUAGUAUUGAUUGAUUGUAAGUUGAUGUACACAUAUUGAAGUUUUUCCACUAUCGGCUGAUUAAUGAUCUCACGAUUUCGAGCCCUGCCUAUUGUUGUCAGUGAUUUUGUGUGAUUGUCAGCAUUCACUGAACCUGUCACCCCUUUACAUCACCAAAAUCCUGUUUGUAUAUUAUAAAGCUCUUAUCUACCUAGUGAUAAAAAAAAAUCAAAAACAGCCAUAUUGUAUUUAUUGCUUUUUUAGAAAUCAACUGUAAUAUGUAGCCAAAGUUUACCACUUCUUUCUCAACAAUGAUAUACUUAACCCUUGUGUAGGGAAAUAUACAUGCGUAGCAAAACUUUCAGCAAAAUUGGAUAGUAUUUCAACAAUCUAGUCAAAACAUAUAAGUUAUGGUCCUUUUAUAUAUAUAUAUAUGCAUUCAUUUUAUAUCUGUGCAAUUUUUUUUUUAUUAUGUAUAUCCUUUAUUAUCCCCUAGCAAGGAAGUUGCGGGGAAUAUACAUGUACACGUAAAUAUAUACAAGUACAUAAAUACUUUAAUUUUAGUGGUUUUUUUUAAAUGCAUUUAAGUGUUAACAUUAUUAUGGUAUAUUUAAGAAAACAAAUUAUUAAUGUUCAUUUCAUGUUGCACUUCAACAAAGUAAGCCUAGGGGGAGGGGAGGGUCAAAACUUCACUAGGGGUUUAGCAUUUAUUUAGUGUUUUUAAAUUGCAGAAAAAUUGGCAAAAAUGUAUUUUUCUUUUGGCUAAUGUUAGUGGGUGUUGGUGUUAUACUAACACAGCCACCCCCUACAUUUAUGGUUAUAAAUAAAUUGUUUGGAGAUGUAAUUUCUUGAAAUAUAUGCAUUUUAUUAUUUACUGUAUACAUAUCUUGCUGAGAUGAGAAUACUUUUUAUAUAGUCACCAUAUUUAUAUCGUUUGUUAGUAGUAGAAUUCCAUUGUGUGUGGUUUAUUAUUAAAGAAAGAUAUUGUC